AUGGAAGACAGUUUCAAUACUUUUGAUGUAACUUCUGGCGAGAAAAAUAAACAUGUGGAUGAUCUUAUCCCAGUACCGGAAGAUGAUGAAUCAUCUGUGCAAAGCUCAGUCCCGUCCCUCAUUAAGGGUGCAGAUAACUAUGUGAGAGGAUUAUUCAAUGGCUUUAUGAACCCCUCUAGUGAUGAUGAUUCUACUGUAGUUGAUGAAAAGAAAGAAAAUGAUGAAAAGGAAGAAGAUGAAGAAGAGAAAGAAAAGCCAUUCUUAGUUUCAAUGAGAGAUGCCUUUAGGAACAUUUUUUCUGACAAAAGAGCUCUAGCUAUUUUGGGAUUAAUGUUUCUGAUUGGAGUGUUGUUGCACAUGUACAAAAAUGGACACCUCACCAAAUUGGCGGAAAAGAUUCCAUUUAAAUAUUACUUGACUGGAGAACACGACCACCACCAUGAACAAGGACAUUCCGGAUGCACCUGCAAACACAAACAUCAACACCAACCUGUAGUUAACGGUACCGGCCCAGUUGGGGAAUGCCCAUGCCAAAGAGCUAAAAGAUUAGCCGAAGAAGCAGCUAAAGCAGCAGCAGCUGCAGCAGAAGCCGAAGCAACAGCAUAA